AUGCGCGAUUUCGAUUCAAGACUCGUAGUCCUCGGGCUCCGCGUAGCACAAGCAGUGUUUGCGAUCAUCGUGCUCGGACUCACAGCAUACGUCGCAAACUGGUGGUCCGGCUACUGGCAUUCCUCCUCGCCCUCACAAAUCAACUACCUCGUCUUCUGCUCCGUAUGGACAAUCCUCGCCCUCUUAUACCUCAUCGUCGUCCCAUGGCGCUUCUCAGAAACAGGCGCGCAUCACAAAUUCGCGAUUCUGGCGGUUGAGAGUGUGACGAUGAUAUUUUGGUUUGCCGGGUUCAUUGCCUUGGCGGUGUUUUUGAGUGAUCGAGUGUGUUUCGGACAUGUGUGUUCGGCGGCUAAGGCAGCUUGUGUCUUUGCGGCUUUUGCUUGGUGA